CGAGGAUAUUGACUUCCCAGGACAAGACAUGCACAAUCCGACCAUGUGGCUAUAGCUUGAGAGGUGAGCGGUUGACCUUGACUCUCCCGUCUCCAUGGCUUCUUCGAUCGCCCCAGAUACCGCGCCCGCAGCCUCAACUCCCCUCUAUGUGACCAUUCGCUUUACGACCGCGAUUCCUGACCUUCCUCUGGAUAUCCCAGAGCCGCAUGGAACCACGGUCAUCGCGCUGAAGCAUCUACUCCGGUCGAAGCUUGAUCCGCAGACCUCCAAACAUCGAUUCCGCUUUAUACAUGGCGGUAAAUUGCUUCAAGACGAGGAUCUCCUCACAGAUGUCCUGAAGAUACCGCAUGCACCCCCUCGAGCUCCAGAUCCUAAGGGGAAAGGCAAGGAGGUCGAAAUCCCGCCUUCCCGCGUCUACAUAAAUUGCUCCAUCGGGGAUGUUCUUAGCUCUGCUGAGCUUUCUGCUGAAGCACUAGCAGCUGCCGAAUCAUCCAACAAGUCGAAGAAAGGGAGGGAUACCAAGAGCCCAUCCAAGAAUGGAGCUGUAUCGCAGUCGACAACGACGCCAGCCCCUCGCGGCUUUGACCGGCUCCUCUCUGGAGGCUUCACUCCUGCAGAGGUGAACCAACUCCGGCUGCAAUUCCUUUCCAUCCAGGCAAGUAUACACACUCCAGAUACUAUGCCCUCGCCAUCUACAUUACGACGAAUGGAGGAUGCGUGGAUCGACGACAAUGCGGGACAUGCGGGAACAACGAGUGGUGAUGGCGCUUUCGACUUUGGAGACGAUAGUCUGGGUGGUGGCGCGUUGGAUGACCUGCUAUGGGGAAAUAUCAUGGGCUUCUUGUGGCCCCUUGGUUGCGUCGGGUGGAUCAUUAGGGAGGGUGGCGUAUGGUCGCGAAGGAGGCAGAUCGCUGUCAUCACUGGCUUCAUGCUCAGCAUUUCAUUUGGGAUCCUGAGGGUUAUAUCGUGAUACAUGCAUGCACCUGGGGCGUAGCGCACGACCGGAGUUGGUGAGUAACAUACGUCUUGAUAUCUUCCAUAGUAGCAGUGGACUUAUGGAUAUCAAAUACGCCAAAGCUUCCAUCCCGUUCAAUCACAAGCUUGCCGCUUUCAAGGUGGUCGCAUGAUUGAAGUCUAGAUGGUAGCACUGGAUAGGGAAAAGAGCACCGGAAUAAAGGGAUGAUAAUAACGACCUCAGGGCCCGGUAGUGAUGGAUAUAGCAUAGCAGUGGAUGGCAGAAAACAAAUGAAGAGGUCGGGAGCGAGAGAGAAUCAGAACUUAUGAAAAUGUUCUUUCAAACUCUACGUCCAAACUUCCAACUGAUAGAUAUCACUCGAUCACCGCCAGUGGGUGGUUCUCGAGGCUUUCGUCCGGAACCACUGCCCCUCC